CGCAUAUUUGGUUUUAUUCAGUAUUUCAUAAAGAGGUAUCAAAAUAAAAGAAACAAAAUGACUCGGUUAAGCUAUAUCGUGACGAUCAUCAGUAUUGCAAUAAUGUGUGUCGUCGCGAAAGAACUAUACUCUGAUAAAUAUGACAACACUGACGUCGCAAGUAUCCUUCAAAACGAUAAACUACGUAAUCAAUACUAUAAUUGUGUUAUAGAAAAGUCGCCAUGUAUAACAGCAGAUGCAAAGUUCUUAAAAGAAGUUAUAUUUGAAGCUCUCUAUACCAAUUGUGAGAGAUGUACUGAUAAACAAAAGGAAGAAUUCAAGGUAAUAAUGGAAUGGUACACAAAAAAUAAACCUGAAGAGUGGAAAAUUCUUCUCGACAAAUCUAAGGAGAUUCAAAAGAAGAACACUGGCCAAUGAUCCUAUAAUAUAUUCAUAUUAAAACAAUGGACGAGAAAGGCAUGAAAAAAAAACAGAAAAUGUUAAUCAUCUAUGAAAUUAAUUAAUUGUUUGUAUUGAAAAAUAUUUCGGGAAAGGGAGAAAUAUCAAGAUACUAUAAUUAUUAAUAUAAUCAGUGCUUGUAUUAUGCUACUGAAAUACACUAUGCUACUGAAAAGCA